AAUCAGUGAACUAAACUCAACAAACGACUGGAUUGUUGACAUUUCUAAUUUCUUCAUUUUUAUCGUGAUUCACUUCAAUUUUGUAUAGUGCAUUAAGAAUUAAAUCCAUGUAUUUUUUUACUAACUCUAAUACACGCAAUCAUUUUCAGCAACUUUGAUUUUUUUCUGCAUAAGAAAUCAACCAUUACGUAGAUUAGAAUUUGAUUGAUUGGAGCUCGCAGUUACAGCUUAGCUAUCGAUUUGAAAUUGCAGGCAUUCGAUAAGACAAAUCAGACUAAAAUCAACAUAGUAGACAAAUUUUUGUUGGAAAAAUUAAUUUAACAACAUGUUGGAACCAACAAAACAGAUUCUACAAGCCGGGCGUAUAAUUCUAGCCAGCGGCUCUCCAAGGCGGAAAGAAAUAAUCGAGAAUUUGGGCUUAAAACCAGAGGUCGUUCCUUCGACGUACGAUGAAAAUUUAGACAGAGCAAAGUACAAAUCGCACGGUGACUAUGUCAAAGAUUUAGCCUAUUUCAAAGUGAUCGAAGUUUACGACAGACUCAAGGGCGAUGAGGUGCAACCUAAACUCGUUAUCGGCGCCGACACAAUCGUCACCAUGGGCGACGUUAUCUAUGGGAAACCAACGGAUUCAAAUGACGCAAUUAAAAUACUGUCGAUUCUGGCUGGAAAAACGCACACCGUUUAUACGGGUGUUUGUUUAAAAACAGACAAGGAGGAGGUGAAAUUUUACGAAAAGACUGAUGUAACAUUUGGCGAUAUUACGCAGGCCCAAAUCGAAGCAUACGUCAAGACCGGGGAACCCUUGGACAAGGCUGGUGGAUAUGGGAUUCAAGGAUUCGGUGGCUGUCUUGUUGAGAAGAUAAACGGGGAUUUCUUUACCGUGAUGGGGCUUCCCGUUUACAUGCUGACGAAGAUUUUAAACCGACUUUACAACUGAUGUUAUUCGUAUGUAUACAGGCACUAGAGACAGAGAGAGAGAGAGAAUAAACUUUUUUAAAAGCGUCAA